AUGUACGAGGUGAGUGUCUACGAAUCGUCUAUUGACAAAAGUGCGAUUUCGCCUUGGUACAGUGUAUUCUCUCAAGAAGACCUUGAAAUUUUGGAGAACGCCGAUGACAUUUUUGGGUACUAUCUAACUGGUUAUGGAAACCCUUUUAACGCAAAACUCGCUUGUCCGAUGGCCAUACGUUUAGAAGAAAGCUUCAAGAAAAAAAUCAACGGAGAAGGACCAGAUGGUGUAUUCUACUUUGCACACAACACUAAUAUAUUGAGUUUGUGCAUCAUGUUAGGCCUAGGUGACGGUGACGUUCCUCUUACGUUCUCCAAUUACAAAUAUAUGAAGGACCCUAAUUGGAGAAGUUCGAGGUACGGUCCAUGGGCUGCAAAUUUUAUGGUUGUGUUUUUGGAGGGCCCUCAGAAAUAUUAUAAAGUAUCAUUUUAUUUCAACGAAAAACUUACUCCUAUAACGUUACAAGACGGUUCGUCGUGUACAGAAUGUCCAUGGUUGGAUAUUCAACAUAAUUUAUUGGCGUUUAUAAGCGACAAUGACUGUGUCAACUUUGUAGCUACAAAUACCGUAAAAAACUAUAAAGAUACAAAUCCAUACUGGUAUUCAAGCACGAAAACCACGUACAAAUUGGUUUCCGCCAAAGAAAUCAUUGUACCACAUCGUAAGUAA